AUGGAAAUAGCUCAUAUGAUCAAAGAGUUUCGGCUAUUGAUAAAUGGAGUUGAAGUGGAUCAGAAUAGCAAUGUUGGUAUAACUAGUUUAAUGAAAGGAUAUUUAUCAUUUAGCCCAAAUCAAUUGGGUACUUUGGAAAAUGCCGGCAAGUUGAUGGAUAAUGAGGUUAAGUUUACCGAUAAUGCAGGAAACUUUGACUUUAUCAUUCCACUUAAUAUUUCAAGUGAUUUUGCUGAAGAUUAUCUUAAAGUUUCGAUGAAUGUUCAACUUGAGAUAAUUCUAACGAUAUCAAACAGUGAUAUAAAUUCUUACAUACAAACAAAUGCUGCUGCUGCUGCUGAAGAAGCAGUCAAAACCUCAACUCAGCUUGAAAAACCACGUUACGUUGUUUUUAGAUUCCAAACAGCAAGGAAAAAUGAUGCUAGGAAAGAUGCUAGCAAAUUUGAUCUCUGCAAUUUACGGAACAUCAAAUUAUUUUUAAAUUCACAAAGUUAUCCCUAUGGUGACUUGAAUUUAGAUAUACCUCACAACCAGUAUGCUUUAUUAUAUCAUAUGUACACAGUCUUUCAAACAUCAUACUAUAACAAAGAAGCCGAACCACUCCUAUCGAAAAUGAAAUUUUUGGAUCAAGCACCACUGUGUGUAAUUGAUUGCUCUAAACAGAACGAAGCUAUAAAAUCUGGACCAGUAGACAUUCGACUGGAAUUUGAAUCAAGUAAUCAGUUUGCAUCCAACACAACAGCAUACUGUUUAAUUAUUCACGAUCAUAUCAUUGAAUACAAUCCUAUAAGCAGCACUGUCUGUAAAUUAGUGUAA